AUGGUCGACGCCGUCUACUUCAACGAAGACAUCAAGGAAGCGUACUUCUUUGGAGGCACCCGCUAUGCUCGUGUCAAGUUCACACCCGCCACCGGUACAGAGGAGAUUACCUGGGGCCCCCAACCCAUCACCAAGUACUGGCCCUCUCUCGUAAAGGCCGGCUUCGGCACCGUCGACGCAAUUCUAGAGGUACCCGGUGUGCCAGGUCAGAUCUACGUUUUCCGCGGAGCACACUACGUGCGCAUCAAAGUCGAACCCCAGACUUCGGGCGACGAGAUUGUAUAUGGCCCAUACAAGAUCACCGACCAGUGGAAGACUCUCGCCAAGGCAGGCUUUGACACCAUUGAUGCCGCCAUCCCCGUUCCCGGCAAGGACGGCGAGGCGUAUAUCUUCCGAGGCGAAAACUACGUGCGCGUGCACGUGUUUGAUGACAAGAUCAUCUACGGCCCGGCGAAACUGGCCACUGAAUGGCCUGGCCUGACGCAGGCUGGCUUUGAUGUCGUCGACGCGGCGUUCCCCGUGCCUGGUGGAACUGGUGGAGAGACUUAUUUCUUCAGUGGGAUCAACUACGUGAAGGUCAAGGUUGUGGCGUCGGCUCCGGACAAGAUCUCUUGGGGACCAAAGCCGAUUGCGGAUUACUGGAAGACGCUCAGCUGGGUUUGA